AUGCCAUCCCACUCGAGAGUCAGCCACCGCAUGCCUGUGCUUCAAGGCGUUAAGCGAGCGCGCGGUCGUCCGCCCAACGCGGGUGCUCUUCAAAGGCGCAUGAUGCUAGAGGAUAUCGACGAGUACAGGUCUCUCAAGGCCGGACGCGCAGCACAAGGCGAGAUAUCCAGCGCUGUCGAUAGAGAGGCUCGGAAGAUAAUAGUGUACUUCGGAUGGGAGGAUCCUUUACGUGCGGUCACCGUGAAGGAGGCCAGCGAUACUAUCGAGAGUAGCCCGGUCACCGACGAAGAGCAGAAGCGCAGGGACGCCUUAUUCAAGAAGGUUCGCAGGGAGGUAUUGAAGGUCUGGCGGGAGAACCUGGCUGCGAACGUGGAAGUGAUUGGCAGACCUUCAGCCAAUAUUUUGGAGCUUAUCAAGCUGUAUGGGCGUAAGCCCCGUCGAAAGCAGUCUUACAAAGUAUGGGCGACUGCCCAACCACGCCCUGAUCUUGAAGCAGAAGUAGACACGCGCCAUGCUGCCAAGGUGCAGGCGACCGGACCGGAUAUACCUCCUCCUCCCCGCAUUGCGACUUGGAAUGCUGUUGCAUCCGAAUGGUACAGCAAUGCGAGCAAGAAGGAAAAAAAAAGGGCGCGCAAGGAUGCCAAGCGGCUUCACAGGCAGGCCAUGGAUGAAUGGGAAGCGAGCGCAUCCCACGAACCUCAGUCCCCCGAAGAGGCGAUCGAGUUCAUGAGGGCGUCGCAGUCGUUUCUGAGCGAUUUGAUGCAUUUUUUUGCCAAUCGUGCAUCUGGGGUGGCCAUCAUGUUCUUGAGUGGCCCUGAUGGCGCAAGCUUGAUUUCUGAGGGUGUAUGCAACGUCCCUGAACGGCCGAAGUUACUUUACACAGAGGUCAACCCCGUAGGAUGUACAGAUUUCAAGUAUUCCAUGGCGAAACAGGCACAGAUCCUGAACGAGGCAAAGUGGGCCGAAGCGUCUAUCGCCAAGGAUCACCAUGUCGUCGUGGACGAGAGUGAUGCCUGUCAGAUUACCGGUGAACGUAAAGCCUACGGUGGCGGUGGUCGCGAGAACGAGGAAGAAGAGAACACCGACGGUGAAAGGUCGGAGAACGAAGCUGACGAUGGUGCGGGAGAUAUAGGCGAUGUCGAAUUUCUGCUUCCAUUACCCGUCACCAACAACGGUCACGCGAAACUCUCCCUAGAUUUCACCUCAAGAUCGCCAUCCGCUCUCGGAACGGCUGUGGUUGACCCACAUUCCGAGUCCCGUAUCGUCGAUAUAGAUGGAAUAGGCAGUGUGCUUGCCUCGGCGCAGAAGACUUUGAGAAGCGACUCGUUUGCGUUCGCUGUCUCGGCAAACUACAUUCCUUCAGAUAGAGAUACGGCUGAAUACUCUCGGGCAUUCCGUGCAGCGAUUGCGCGAAUUCUACCUCGUAAGGUGUGGUUGGAAGAAUCCAACACCGUGAACUUCCUCAAGGCGGUGCCGGUCAAGUUGACCGGUCGAGUAGACGUGAGCAUUGCAUGCGAUCUCAGUUUGGCAUAUCUAGACUUCGAGGCUUGUCAGUUGGAUGAAGCACCUCUCACGAUGAGAGUGGUGGGGGAGCCGCGCGGCACUGACAAUAUCGAACAGCCGAGGUAUAUGGCAGGCCUUUGUCUGCGUGACUUCGCUUCGCGGUGGAACUCUAGAGUGGCGAGUGGCGAUAACAGGACGCCGGCAAAGUUAGACGCGGACAUCAACAUCACGCUACCUCAACAAUGGGCUCUACAGCAGCCAUCUGAACGUCGGGAUCAGCAAGGGCGCAUACACCUUCCGGCCGCCACGACUAUGGAGUGGAAGAACGCUCUGGCACCCGGGUUAGAUGGUGCGCGCUUGCUUGUCGUCACAACAUUACUGUGGGCUUGGAACAUCAGAGAAGACGGAGAACGUACACAUUGGUCGGAUCUCGCGAUCGAUAUUGUGAGCGUUCUUCGCGUCUUGGUGCAACAAGCAGCGCUGCGGAGGGCUGAGGAGCCAAGGGCAAGCCAUGUUGAAGACGGUGCUCGCGAGGGGCGCAAGAAGUCGACGCGGAAAUGGAAGAAGAGUGCCAAGCUUCGGGACUCAGCAUAG